GCGAACCUUAUUGCAACUAGAUCCAUGGGUAUGAACGCGACAUGGCAUGCGCCGGGCGCACAUGGAGCCGUCACAACAUGUAGCGGAGUUGCAGCCCCCUCGCAGCGGCCGUUACCAGCGCCGGGGGAAGCGAGGCAGCGCCUCCUAUGUUUUUAUGAAGUGCUUGGUGGAGACCUUCGGCCUGGAGCUCUUGCGCGCCGAUGCCGGUGUCCUCGAGAUCUCCGCGGGCAAAGGUGAGCUGGCUUGUGCCUUGCGCAACCGUUACCAAGUUCCAGUGACCUGCGCGGAGCCGCGGCCCUUGGACCUGCGACGCGUGGUGCAGCGCUUGCGCUGGUCGGCGGAAAGCGCUGCUGCAGGCAACGGCCGGCACUCCACACCAGUCGACCUGCCCGAGAAUUGUUGCCGCAGCAGCCGCAUCUUCGCGCCGGUGCAUUUGCGGAUCUUUUGGCACCAAGGCGUUUUGAAGGAUCCAGAAGCUUUGGCUCGCUCCUGGAACUUGGCCCAUCAGGUGCGUUGGUGCGCUUCGGGACUCAGCCAGGCGGAAGAUUUGCAUGGCGAGGAGCCAUAUCUCUCGAAAGGUGUUCCCUUUCGCCAGCUGGAGCUCACUGAAUAUUACACACGCCCUGAAGCAGCUGCCUCAGCUGACAGCAGCUGCCAGCAAUUGCCCGCAGAGGGUGAGGUGCUGUAUGACCAGCCAGAGGAUGCGGAGGUGGAUGAGUCAGGUCCCGGUAGUGAUGCUCUGUGCCCUGGACGGGCUGCGCCCGCAUGCGGCGCAUGCACCGUGGUGGAGCUCGGUGGGGGUUCCGCCCCCCCGGCGUUGGCGGCCGUGCGGGGCCUUUGCGAGGUCUGCAGCCUGGUCGUGGCGCUGCACGCGGACCAGGCCGCCGAGGCCGCGGUGCGCUUCGCCGCGGAGCGCGGCAAGGCCUUCGCGGUGGUGCCCUGCUGCGUUUACGCGGAGGACUUCCCACAGCGGCGCCUCUCCUCCGGGCGCCUGGUGCGCUCGCUGGCAGAGCUGAUCGAGUACCUGGCAGCUUUGGCCGAUGGUGUAGAGGUGACGACACUACCCUUCAGCGGCAAGAAUACUGUGAUCUACGCCCGGCCUCAGUGAAGGCUCGAUUUGGUCCACAGGGCGCGGGCUGCCGUGCGCUGGCGCUGGUGGUGGAAAACCUGGUGGCGGGCACUGAGGUGUUUGAUCACCUGAGUUUGUGCAACAGCUGCUCCACAGCGGGGCGGGAGAAGUACCAGGACGUUCUCAGUUUCGGAAGAACAUGUUUAAUGUCCCUUUUUGCCGUGGCAUGCUGCUGUGGCAAUGGUUCGCUGAUGAGCCUUACCUGUACAGGGCAGCAGGGCAGUGCAGCGCUUGCCAGGCGAUGCCCAAAUGGCUUCGGAACGAA